AUGAGAUGAAUGAUAUGAGACGGCUGCUGCUGAGAGGCUGGCACUGGACACCCCUGCCUGGCUAUUUGGAACAGGAACACAGAAACAUGGCGUCUGCUUUGGAAUUCAUUUCUAACGACUCAUUUUGAGUACACUGCUUGGCACAGUAACAAACUGGCUGGGGUUGAUAUCCCCUCUGCCCCCUACUGGAUGGAAUAAGCAUUGCUCAACGGUGUGUCAUGGGCCCUAUACUACUAACAAAGAUUCGCCUAUAGCAACCAAACACUAGCAGUGAUGUGAACAAUGGCUGGUCACGCCAAAGCGACCCUGGAGCCAGCGGGCUCUUCUCCUGCCUCCUUUUCUCCCCCAGGCUCGCCUCAGCAAAGAGACCCGAUGGUCAGUUCCCAAGAGAUAACCAGCCAGUUCGCCAGUGCCAGGAGCAAAGAGGACUGGGAGAACCUGGACGGGAGUGAGUUGAUUUUCACCUUGGAUAAGGAUGAAGAGGAAGGAGCUGCCAAUUUGCCUGAGAACUCUGUUCUGUAUGUGGACACUGGGCAGUGUGAAGGCCAACCUGGAUCUUCGUUCCAUAGGCCAUUCCCUCCGGUUUCUCCUCCAGAGCUGGGCUUCCUGAUUGACAUCCCCUUCUAUCACCUGCCUGGCUUCUCUCCACCGAGCUCCAGUGCCCCCCCGAAUCUGCAGGGCUCCCCGGGCCCCAAGCCCCUCAUUAACUUAGUGAAGUCCCUGUCGACCGAGAUACAAGCCAAGGAGAGCUGCCCUCUCAAGCCCCAGCCCUUGCUGAACUUGGUCAAGUCCAUUUCGACGGAGAUCUCCCACCUGGAGCCUGAGGUGACGCAGUCCAAAUCAGACUCGAAGCUCAAUGUGCAUCUGUGGAGGCAGAUCACCCAUCCCAAGAGCAGAGAUGGGGACUCCAGGACAGCCCCCUCCUCCCCCAAUAUCUCCCCUUCAGAGAGCAAAGGCAGCUUCUUCAGGGUGCAGGAGGCCAAGUUCGAGGACACGAAGAGGAGGUUCUCCGAGGCCAUGCAGGAACCUCUCAGCAGACUCAGCAAAAUCAUCGGGGACGAGAACAGCGUCUCGGCCAAGUAUAAACUGCCCCACUCCGGUGCUUACGUUCAUGACUCCCUGUCCAGCCACAGCGGGGACUGCAGUAGUGCGGACGUCAAGGCUGCUAGGCCCAGUCCCGGGAAAGCGGAGAGCGACCGGCCGGGAGAGCACACGUGCAAAGCGAUCCGGAGGACCCAGGCGAAGGACGGCUUCCCCUUGGAGCACAAGUGGGGGCCCGCCUUGAACUGCAGGUAUGAGAUCUGCUCCUGUGGAGACGUAAUCCAGGUGGUGGAAAUGGAGCAGAGUGAGAACGGCCCGGAGGAGGCGCAGCUGCGGCAGCCCCUGGACGAGCUCCUCCCAGCCCAGCCUGGCAGCCCGGUGCCAUGCAAAACCCUCGCCUGCGUCGCCAUCUUGGCUUACAAUUACUUCAUCCUGCCUCUGCCCCCUUACCUCUCGGGCCUCUGUCUGGGACUGGCCUGCGGGUUCGUACUAGGCUUCCUGGUCAUCCUGCUGUUCGUGCCAAAGCCUUCCCUGGCUCCCCGGCAGGGACGGUACCCACAGGACAAGCUGCACUCGGAGCUGCUAACGAGGAAGCCACGGGAACCAGACGUCCUCAAGAGCUGGAUGAACGAAAUGUAUUUCUACGACCCGGAGACCUACCACCCGUCGCUCACUCACUCGGUGUUUGUGACGCUGGAAGGCUCCGCCAUGAAGCUCUCCUACCCUAAGAACAACGUCCCGCGCCGAGCUACCUUCGAAGAAGAAACCCUCGACGUGGCCUUUGUCAGCCAUCGGCACUACGACAUGAGCAACGCCCAGGUCUUUCUCUUCCCACCGGGCCUGGCCCGAAAGAGGAUGUGGAACAAGAAAUAUCCCAUCUGCAUUCUGUUCCCAGACCAAGAGGACCAGAAUUUCAGAAGCUCAAAUGAGCAUGACAUGGACCUCUCAAGAGAUGAAAGCCUGAAAAUGACUCGGACACCAGGCCAGGAUGUCCCCCUGAAGCCUCCAGGGGACCUCCAGGAAAGGACUCUCUACCUCUUUGGAAGAACAGGAAGGGACAAAGAAGAGUGGUUCCAACAUCUCACGACAGCCUCCCUAGGGGACUGUCAUGAGGUGCAGAGUGCCAGCUGGAGUGAAGGCAAAUUUGGUUUCGGUCCGAACCAGCUCUCCAGCCCUUCAGGAAAGGGCAUCAACAACAGUGGCAGCAGCCGGGGAAGCACGGAAGACAUCCCUUCGUUGUUGAGACCCAAGGAUCUAGCUGGCACCGUCCGGCAGAAGAUUCUUCUGGAUUACAGCACCUACAUGUCCCGGUUUGUCCAGCCAGAAACGGGCACCAGCCCCCUCCAGAGCCCCUGUCACAGCGCCAGGGGCAGCCCAACCUCGCAAAAGUUCCUCAGGGACAUGAAUGGCAGCAGUGAAUUGUCCAUGGCUUGGAUGAAUGCACUGGUUGGGCGAAUCUUCUGGGACUUCCUGAGGGAGAAAUAUUGGAUGGACCAAGUGUCAAACAAGAUCCAGAAGAAGUUAAGCAAAAUCAAGCUCCCGUACUUCAUGAACGAGCUCACACUCAACGAGCUGGACAUGGGGACAUCCAUCCCCCUCGUUCUCAGUGCCUCCAGUCCGAUCAUCGAUAACCGAGGGCUUUGGGUGGACGUGGAAGUCAUCUACAACGGCGCCCUACAGAUGACACUGGAGACGAAGAUGAACUUGUGCAAGCUGGGGAAAGAGGCACUGGUGGAGGAGAGUGGGCAGGCGGCUGCUGGUGGGGAAGGGGCAAAGCCUCGGGGGAUCCUGCUGGCAGACAGCGAUGCAGAAUCCUCCAGCGCCGGCUCCUCUGACGAGGAAGACGUCCUUGCAGCAGAGUCUUCUGGAGCCCUGGGAGAGAGGAUCGUCCCCUCUCCUGCUGAAGGCCACGGUGGCGGCAACAGCACCAGCCGCAAGAUCCUGCGCUUCGUGGAUAAGAUCGCCAAGUCCAAGUACUUCCAGAAGGCCACUGAAAACGAAUUCAUCAAGAAGAAGAUCGAGGAGGUGUCCAACACGCCGCUGCUGCUGACUGUGGAAGUCCAGGAGCUGGCCGGGACCUUGGCUGUGAACAUUCCUCCACCCCCGACAGACCGAAUCUGGUACAGCUUCCGAAUCCCUCCCCAGCUGGAGCUGAAAGUCCACCCAAAGCUGGGCGAGCGGGAAGUCACCUUCAUCCACGUCACGGAAUGGAUUGAGAGGAAGCUGCAGCAUGAAUUCCAGAAAAUUUUAGUGAUGCCAAACAUGGAUGAUCUCAUCAUUCCCAUCAUGCACUCCGGCUUGGACCCCCAGCCCCCCAUGGAGGGGUCCUUCAAGGACCUUCCAGCGGAUAGUGAGAAGUGGCUCUGAAAAGUGACCCACUGGCUGGGUCAAGACACUUGGCAGAACUCUGGAGGAUUUGCGGAGAUGCCCAGCUAACCGGGGCCUGGCCACCAGUCACCACACAGGAGCCAAGACACUGAUCUGAAAUCGCCGGGUUCAUCUCUCCACCUCAUCGUCAGCAUCCCCCAGCCCAGCAAAGGAGCCUCUUCUUCAAAUAUGGUACAGCACAUUAAGGACAGAAACAUACACCCCCGGGGGGGGGAGCAAGUUGGAGUCACCCAAGCAUACAAAACUCCAGGUAGCUCAUCCAUCACCACCAGGUUCCUCUGGAUUAACACAACUCCCUUGUGGCCAGGUAGGCAUCCUCUGUGCCAGCCGGGGCAGGAACUUGCUCAGCACUGUCUGCUUUACAAAGGGGGCUGCAAGAAACCCCAGGGACGGGGGAAGCCUGAGGUCUGAGAGUGUUAAUCAGACGUUCCGAUCAGAAAUGGUCCACGCUUAUUGCAUCAGCACUGGACAUCCUUUAAACAGGCAGCCGGGUCUGCCAGGAAAACUGCAGGCAGGAAAUGAACUGAAACACACACACAAAAACCCAUAACCCCCAUUGCCCCUACAAGUGUUUUAUUGUACUCUGAGUCUCACCUCCACGCAGCAGGCAGAGAGAGAGAGAGAGAGUGUGUGUGUGUGUGUGUCUGUCUGUGACAGGCUGCUUUGUAUCUGUGUCUGGACACAUAACAGUGAUGUUACCUGGCUCUGACAGCCCCCAGCCCGGGGGAGGGGAGGACCAUGUGCCCCUCAGUCUGGGGAGGAGCGUGUGGGAGGUACAGGCAGGGAUGCACAGCCCUGCUCCUGGCCGGGCAAUGGCUAUCACAGGGGGUUAGUUGAAGGGGGAGAGUGGGGAAAGCGGCCAUUUGAUGGUAACCAGGCAGCAGCAGUGCGGGGAGGGACUGAAACAGUCACAUGUCAAAAUCCACCGACUGUUCCGUCAGGCGAAGUUGGGGCAGAGGGUAGGGACGUGGGGGUGAAUCCCCCAGUACCUAAGGGGCGGGGAGCCUGAGGGGGAGCGCUCAGUAUGUCAGGGAAGGGAGCGGAGGGGAAGUCCCAUGAGCCUCAGAGAGAGAGCGAGAGCGGCUUGUAGACAAAAAGAGAGGCAGCAUUGUCAGCUGCCCAGGUUCAGCCCAUCCUGAGCUCAUGCCCUCAGCCCAGGCAGUGCACCCUGCGCCUGGGGAAAACGGAGGCCAUGGGAAUGCCUGGGCACGAGGCCCCGUGCAGGUCAGGGCUCGUUGCAGCACCUCUAAUAGGUCAAAAGCAGGGGAGGAGAUAGCAACAGCCCUCUUCUCCCAUCCCAGGCCCAGGGGAGCCCCCAAAUGGAGGACUGGAGUGAGCCAGCCUCACUGGGGAUCAGGAAGCCGGUGGAGCGGAGGUCGGAGGGAGAUCGAGUGGCGUUUGUCCUCACUGACGCUCACCGACAUUGCGCCCUGAGUCCAUCCUGCCCUGGGAGUUACCCCUGAUGGGGACAUUAGCAGGAGGAGCCUGGGCUCCCUUGGUAUUGAAGCCUCACUGCACGAGGCCUGUGCCCCACUGAAGCUGGCCCCCUCUGCCUUGCAAUGAACGAGGCAGAGAGAAGUAGCCUCCAACUGGCAUUUUCGUUUGCUCCAUGCUUCCUCGCUGUGGCGCAUUUCAGGAGAGACACAUCUCAGCCGCCAGCAACACCACAAGCAUCUGAAAACACCAAGAGGACCAACCCUGCACCGGGCAGCGAUGGAAGGCGCCCGUCUGGACGACAGCACGAGGCACAAAGUGGGACCAUUAGAUCCUCCAUGCAAUAAAAGUAACCGAUUCUGUCAAGUAAUGUCACGGCACCGCGUUAAAACAAAGGGCUUUGCAGACCAGGUGGAUGUGUAAGAGAGAAGAGCUGAACUGAACUAAUAAAGUUUGCAUUCAUCCACCAGGGAUUCAGGCUGGGAUGUGUUUGUUGUUAUAUUUAUUGUCCUUCGUGUCUAUAGUGCCAUUUCAGUGUGGCUUUUCUUUAUAGCCACUCACUAAAGACCAGGAUGUAGAACUCCCUAUCCAUGGUCCAUCUAGCCCAGUAGCUCAUCUUCCAACAGGGGUCGGUGCCAGAUGCUUCAGAGGGAGUGAAUAGAAAAGGGUAAGAUAUUUAGUUAUCCAUCCCCUCUUGGCCAGUCCCAGCUUCUGGUAGGCGGAGGUUUAGGGACACCCUGAGCCUGGGGUUGUGCCCCUACCAUCUUGGUGAAGAGCCAUUGAUAGACCUGUCCUCCAAGAACUUAUUUUUGAACCCAGUUAUACUUUUGACUUUCACAACAUUCCCUGGCAAUAAGUUCUAUAGGUUGAUUCUGUGUUCAUAGAAUAUCAGGGUUGGAAGAGACCUCAGAAGAUCAUCUAGUCCAACCCCCUGCUCAAAGCAGGACCAAUCCCCAGACAGAUCUUUGCCCCAGAUUCCCUAAAUGGCCCCCUCAAGGAUUGAACUCACAACCCUGGGUUUAGCAGGCCAAUGCUCAAACCACUGAGCUAUCCCUCCUGUGAAGUAUAGGUUACGUACCAGUUAGUAGUUUUGCAAUUUCACAAAUGAGUUCCUUCAGAACUCUUCCGUGAAUCCCAUCUGGUCCUGGUGAUGUAUUACUGUCGAAUUUAUCAAUUUGUUCCAAAACCUCCUCUAUUGACACCUCAGUCAGGGACUGACUUCUUCGAGUGCUCCAUUAGCACCUCGAUCAUCCUGUGUCACCACUGAUUGUUUGGCAGCCUUCUUGCUUCUGAUGUACUUAAAAAAAAAAAAUUUUGCUGUUAGUUUUUGAGUCUUUGGCUAAAUGCUCGUCACAUUCUUUUUUGGCCUGCCUAAUUAUACUUUUACACUGCACUUGUCAGAGUUUAUGUUCCGUGCUAUUUUCCUUGGUAGGAUUUGACAUCCACUUUUUAAAACAUGGCUUCUUGUCUCUAACUGCCUCUUCUACUUUGUUGUUUAGCCACGGUGGCUUUUUUUUUUUUUGGUCCUCUUACUAUUUUUUUUAUUUGGGGGUAGACAUAUUGUUUGAACCUCUAUUAUGGUGUUUUUCCAAAAGUUUCCAUGCAGCUUGCAGGCAUUUCACUCGUGGGUUUUUUUUUAUUUCCAUUUAACUAGCCUCAUUUUUGUGUAGUUGCCCUUUUUGAAGUAAAAUGCUACCGUGGUGGGUUUCUUGGGUAUUUCCCCCUCCUCCCCCCCCAUGAAGGUAAAUUUAAUUACAUUAGGGUCAUUAUUACCAAUCGGUUCAGCUAUAUUCACCUCUUAGACCAGAUCCAGUGUACCACUUAGGACUAAAUCAAGAAUUGCCUCUCCCCUUGUGAGGUCCAGAGCUAAGUGCUCCAAGAAACAGUCAUUAAUGACGUCUAGAAAUUUUACCUCUGCAUCCCGUUGUGAGGUGACAUGUUCCCAGUCACUAUGGGCAUAGUUGAAAUCCCCCAUUAUUAUUGAGUUUUCUGUUUUUGUAGCUUCUGUAAUCUUCCCAGGGAUUUCACAGUCACCAUCACCAUCUUAAUCAUGUGGUCAGUAGAAUAUUCCUACGGCUAUACUCUUACUGUUCAAGCAUGGACUUUCUAUCCAUAGAGAUGCUAUGGUAUUGUUUGAUUUAUUUAAGAUUUUUACUGUGUUUGACUCUAUGCUUUCUUUCAUAUAGUGUCACUCCCCCACCAGUCAUUCCUCUAUAUUUUGUACCCUGGUAUUACUGUGUCCCAUUGAGUAACAUUGUUCCACCAAGUUUCUGUUAUGCCUAUUAUAGCAAUAUCCUCAUUUAAUGCCAGGCACUCAAAUUCACCGAUUAUAUUAUUUAGACUUCUUGCAUUGAUAUACCAGCACUUAUAAAAUGUGUCAAUAUUUAGUUGUCUGCCUUCAUGUGAUGUAAUUGAAUGGGAUUCUUUUUUAUUUGACUGUUUCUCUUCCAUUUCUACCUGUACUUUACCAGCGUACUAGGAUAUAGAGUAUCCCCUUUAAUAAAUCCACCCUCUCAAGG